AUGAUCCGAGAACAACGACUUGAAGAUCUCAAUGAAUUGAGAGAACAGCGCCAAGUAGAAGAGAAGACGGCAAAUCGAUCGAAUGAAUUUCAGCGUCAACUAACAACUGAGCGGUAUCGAGACGAGUUACUUGUUGCUUAUAUUAAUGAUAUGGCUACAUUAUUGGAAAAGAGCAAUGGUUCACUCACAGCUGAUGAAGUUACGGCUACUGUUGCUCGAGCUAAAACUCUGACUAUCCUUCGUCAACUAGAUACACAGCGUAACAUUCAAAUUGUUCGAUUUCUCUACGAAGCCAAACAACUUACUGGAAUACACAAAAAUUCUUCACUGGAUCUAUCAACAGCAGAACUUCGUGAUAUAGAUUUUCGUAAUACAGCAAUCAAUAAAAAGAAAUUAAACAACUUAUCAUUGACUGGUAUCUUUCUAUCAAAUGCAACAUUUGUAGGCAUUGAUAUGGAGCACGUCAAUUUCGCUAAUACUGAGUUUAACACUGUUAACUUUUCAUCUGGAACACUUCGCAAUGUCAAUUUUUCAUCCUCUAACUUCGACAAUGCUAACUUUUCAUCCACUCAACUCGAUACUAUUAACUUUUCAUUCAGCUCUCUCUUUAAUGCUAAUUUUUCAUUCGUUUCAAUCUUUAAUGCCUGCUUGUCAUCGACUCGACUCGAGCAUGUGAAUUUUUCAUCCGCUCUGCUCUUCAAUGCCGAUUUUUCAUAUGCACGACUCGAAAAUAUCGAUUUUUCAUUCACCUUACAUAACAAUGUUGAUUUUUCAUUCGCUUCGCUUUUCAAUAUCAAUUUUUCAUAUGCGCGGCUGGUCAAUGCCAGUUUCGUGCGCACUACACUCCAUAAUGUCGACUUUUCAUCUGCUGAACUUAGCUAUGCUGACUUUUCAGAUGUUCAACUUGUCAAUGUCAACUUUUCAUCCGCUAUUUUAGGUAAUGUUUAUAAUAGUUUUGCUUUUUUUCAUGAAAUUUAUUUUUCAAUUGCCCUUUAGCUUCAGCCAUAUUCUCUCGUGCCAAAGCAUCUUAUACGAAUUUUCAACAAACGACUUGUGUUGUAGCUUGUUUCGAUGAUGCUACUUUAUCUUAUUCUAACUUUUGGCACUCAAAUGUUAAGCGUGCUUCAUUCGCAAGAGCUGACAUGACUAACGUUAGUUUUCUCCAUGCCAAUCUGUACAAGGCUGAUUUUAGGAACGCCAAAAUUAAAGACAGUCAACUAAAAAGUGCUCUCUCGAUUCAAGAUGCUUUACUACCCAACAAUACACUUGCCAGUGAUACGAACAUGAUUAACAAUGGUCAAGCUGUUUGCAACACUUCUCUUGUUAACAGUUGGAUAUUACAAACUGGCAAUGUCACUACAAUGAUAUCAGAUAAGAAUAUGAGUAACUGUCAUUUCGUUUUGCAAUCAUAUAAUACGGGAGCUACUAUGUUACAACGUGUCAAUUUAUCAGACAAGUGGGACUCGAAUUCUUGGCCAUACUCCCAAGCCAUAUUGAGUGCAAGUAUGAGCAUUGGUGUAUCCAUCCAAUUGAGAGGAAUUAGCAAUAUCGGACACAUUCGCGCUCAGAAAAAAUUAAGUAAGUUUCAGUAUACUAACACCGACUACGAUACACAUUUUGUAUACAGGUUCGACUAAACACUAUAUCAGUCUGGCUUUGGAUGAUGAUAUGCGAGAACUCGAAGUACUCAUCGAGUUUAGUGCACUCGGCAAUCACAGCAAUCAUACAAAUUACUGGUGUGAUGACAUCAAGCUCUUUAUUAUCUAUGGCACAUAUCUGGAAUUUUUACGAGGUAAGUGUGUAGCGAGACAUUGUCUAAAGAGAACUCAACAUCUGCAGGUGUAAGACUGUUGAGUAUUUCAAUUUAGAUUGUUUCACAGAUGAGAAAAGAUUCUUUGUAUCGCGAAGAAUUCACUCCAUACUUCCUUUGAGACACUUUUUAAGUGGACAAUACCAUUCCU